AUGCCAUUGAAGCCUCUCGGGGUUUUCUGUAUUAGAAGUUUGAUUGUCAUUAAAAAGCACAAAUCUAAUCGACAUGGUCCCUUUCCAGACCCACCAUUUGACCCAUUUGUUUCUUCCCCACUAGGAGUAGUACCAAAAUCUGAGCAAGGAAAAUUCAGGAUUAUUCAUGAUUUAUCUUACCCGAAAGACAAUUCUGUUAAUGUGAACAUACCCAGAGAAAACUCAGCAGUACAAUGUGAUACCAUUGACUGGAUAAUUCAGCUAGUUCAGAAGAAUGGCAAGAACUGCUUGAUGGCAAAAACUGAUAUAGAAGAUGCUUUUAGAAUAAUCCCAGUUAAUCCAUCUGACUAUCAUUUAUUAGGUUUUUCUUGGAAGAAUAAGUUUUAUUUCGACAGAUGUCUACCGAUGGGAGCAAGCAGUUCAUGUCAGAUUUUUGAACAGUUAAGUGUAGCCUUGCAGUGGAUUAUGCAGUCAAGGUACAUUGCGGGGGGUAUGUCUCACAUCCUAGAUGAUUUUUUCUUUAUUGGCCCAGCUGAUUCUCCUAACUGCGAAAAAGAUCUAACAAACUUCCUCUACUUAUGCAGGAAAAUUGGGGUUCCUCUCAAAAUGUCAAAAACACAAACUCCGACCACAAUUAUUACAAUCUAUGGCAUUGAGAUAGAUUCUACUAGAAUGGAAGCUCGUCUUCCCUUUGACAAAAUUAGGAAAGUAAAGCAAAAGCUUUUAGAUAUGCUGGGAAAAACCCGAACAAAUCUACGUGAUCUUCAAGCCCUAAUCGGGUUACUGAACUUUGCAUGUUCUGUAAUUGUUCCUGGGCGUGCUUUCUUGAGACGUUUGAUCGAUUUGACCUGUGGUGUAAAACAUCCCAAUGACUUGAUUGAACUCCCUCAUGAAACAAAAGCUGACAUAGAAACAUGGCUAACAUUUCUAGCCACUUUUAAUGGAAAAUCUGUUUUCUUGUCAGAAAAAUGGUUUUCCUCUAACCACCUCACAUUAUACACAGACGCUUCUGGGUCCAUGGGGUUUGCAGCCAUUUUAGACUCCCAGUGGUUUGUUUCUCAUUGGCAAGACAAUAUGGGGGAAUAUCAAAUUGCAAUUAAAGAACUUUUCCCAAUAGUUUUGGCCAUUGAAAUUUGGGGCAAAGAGAUGGAAAAUAAAAGGGUACUCUUUAUGUCGGAUAACAUGGCGGUGGUACAAGUUAUAAAUAAGCAAACUGCCAAAGAAAAAAUCCUCAUGAAAUUGAUACGCCGCCUUGUGUUGGCAACCUUAAAAUGGAACAUACACUUUAGAGCAGAACAUAUACCAGGAAAACACAAUGUUGCAGCUGACCGCUUAUCUCGAUUCCAAUUUCAGGCAGCCUUCCAGUUCAUGCCUCAGUUAAAUCGACAGCCAACACACAUUCCACAGGCCUGUUUGAAAAUCUGA